UUUAUUAUAUAAUCACAAUUAAACAUUGUAAUGAUUCGACCUUCUCCACCAGAUUUCCCUUCUCCUCUCCUCCAUCAAAUUUCCACCGGCGAUUCGCUCCACUGGCCGCAGCUGCGAUCUGCCACCUUCCACCGCAAAGAUUUCCCUUCUCCUCUCGUCCACCAGAUUUCCACAUUUCACCGAUUUCCCUUCUCCUCUCCUCCAUCAAAUUUCCAUCGGUUUACCGAUUUCCCUUCUCCUCUCCUCCAUCAGAUUUCCAUCGGCGAUUCGCUUCACCGGCCGCAGCCGCGAUCUGCCACCUUCCACUGCAAUUCGCCGCUCCCAUUUUCCCUCCACCGCCGGACGCGAUUUGCCAGAAUCCGGCGGCCGCCAGCGGCUCAAGACCACGGCCAUGGUAAAUUAUUUCUCUUCUCCUCUCCUCCAUCAGAUUUCCACCGGUGAUUCGCUUCACCGGCCGCAGCCGCGAUCUGCCACCUUCCACUGCAAUUCGCCGCUCCCCUUUUCCCUCCACUGCCGGACGCGAUCUGCCAGAAUCCGGCGGCCGCCAGCGGCUCAAGACCACAGCCAUGUGGAACUCUCUAUUUCGCGUAUUGCAGACUUUGCAGUUGCUGACUGUUUAAUCUUAGCUUGGUUGUUUGCAGCUUGCGUUGUGGAGCCAUUUUACACUGCAUUAGAGUAAUGCAUCCCGGUCCUUGAGUAUGGGCUAGAGAGAGAUCACAAGAAGAUGUGAGAUUUUCAGUUUUUCUGUUAAAUGAAAACUCAGAUCAGAGGCACCAUUUUUUGUUUCCGCAAUGUUUACUUGAUACCAAUCAUGAAGAUUGAGUGUCGAACUGUUGGGGUGCCUCAGACAUGCUCAUUGUGAAUUUUAGAUAGAGAAAUAAAGCCACCUUUUCGUCCCUAACUGAGAUUUUUAGUUGAAGCAAUGUACAAAUAUGUAGGAGGCAAUAAAUAAUUAUGGGCUCUAUGAAUGUGUAUCCGUUUUUGAAUGGGUUGGAGUGCAGCUACUAUUGAAUAAUGACAUAAUCAUAUAUUGCUAAUCCUACUUUGAAUAGUAGAGGUGCAGCUUAGGUUAGAUCUCAA